CGAAGGGCCGGGGCGCCGCCCUCCCUGCCAAGGCAGGCGGUGAGGCGGAGCUGGCCCUGAGGGGGCUCGGGAUGCCGCUGCAACGCGUCCCCAGCCUCCCGGAGCGCGGCGAGCUGGACUGCGGCAUCUGCUACCGGCCCUACAACCUCCGGGGCCGCGCGCCGCGCCGCCUGCCGGGGUCGGCCCGCGCCCGCUGCGGGCACGCGCUCUGCACGGCCUGCCUGCGCCGGCUGGCGGCGCGCGACGGCGCGGCCCCCCGCGUGGUGCGCCUGCGCCGCACCGUCUCCUGCCCCUUCUGCCGCGCGCCGUCGCCGCUCCCGCGCCGCGGGGCCGCGCAGGCCCCUCUGGACCCGGAGCUGUGGUCGCGGCUGGAGGAGAAGGCGAAGGAGAGGGAGCGGGAAGGGGCGGGGGAAGACGACGGGGACGAAGAGGACGAAGACGAGGCCGAGGCGGGGCCUUGGAGCGCCUUGUGGCGCGCGCUCCUGCGCCUCUGGGACAAGGCGACGGCGCCCGCGCGCCGCCCGUUGCCUACCAACGUACUGUACAGCCCGGAGGUGAAGAACGUCGCCCUCAUGGCCUGCUAUAUGACGUGACCGUCGCCGUAGCCCCCGACAGGACGCCUGGUGCGACCCCAGGGUGAAAGCCUCUUCUGCUCCCCCGCGUGCAACCAGCGAAGCGACGGUGUGGGGGUCGUCGUCACGGAUUUCCCGGGGCAGAGCCGGAGGGCUUCACCCGCUUCCGCUCGCCGGGCCCCCCCCCCCCCGAGCGGAGACAGACUUCUUGGGCUCGGAUCCCGGCUCCCGGGGGCUUCGCCGCCCCCGCCUUAGCAUUUCUGUGAAAUGGCUUGAACUAUAAAAAGCGGGAGGGAGGGGAAGCGCCUUCUAUUUUUAAUGCCGGGUGAUGCCCGUGUCUGCGAGCUGCCGGCUCAGAUCCCGGCGAAUAAACCCGCAGCGCGGGCGAGACGUGAGUGGAAA